AUGUCAUUCAUAAAUGCAACAUGGUCCGACUUGGAACUAUACCACCAUCUAAACUCGCGCCUCGAUGCACUUGCGAGCCCUGCAAAGCUGUGGAAACACCAGCACCCGCAACUCAAUGCAAGUAGCAUGGAACUAUUGACGUAUUUCCGCGAGUCCGCCUACAUCUCACUAGUUACAUUCGACGCGGACAACUCACGAAUGCGAGACGCUCUCAUCACGCUAGCCCUAGCAGAUGAUUCUGCUCCAGCGCGUGCUCUCUUCUACGCAUUGCUUGCGUAUUCUUCUUUUCACAGGCACAGAUUCAACCAGCAGGCUAUGAAGCUGAAGAUCUCGGCGCUCCAUUUCUUGUCUGCUGCGGCAAAGGAGGAGCCGCAAACGUACACCCAGGCGGCUCAACAGGUGGCCGGGUCGAUGCUCCUUGGCGCUUUUGAUAUCAUGUUACCGGUGGCAAGCUCGGGUGAGUGGCUGUGGUAUGUUCGCGGAGCUAUGGUCAUGGUCGAAGCUACUCGCCUCAACCACAAACACGAGCUCGAUAGCGACAUUGACAGUCUUUUCAACUGGGUGUACUACCAUGAUGCGCUCUCUCGCUUCCCUCUACACCACUGGCAGCACAAGUCGUUGGCCCCAGCGACCAAUGAGGCGAGCAUUCAUCCUCAAAGUAAUCGCUAUUCACUUCUGCAGACGUACCGACCAACAUUACCUAGCCCAAAUCCAACGUACGCCAUCUUAGGCUUACUUUCAGAAGCAUGCGACACAUUACUAGAUCCUCGAGACCCCAACAGCAGCAACCUAGAGUACCACCAGUCGUUGGACGUGCUCGAAAGAAGAAUCGGCAAUGUCCACCUCGGUGCGAAUUCCGACCCGGAGGACAGACUAGCUGUCGAUGUCUGGCAAGCCGCCACGCAAAUCUAUCUUGCACGGGCGUCACAGAAACCAAGCGAUGCGCCUAAAGAUCUGGAAUCUCUGAUAGACUUGGCUUUUGAUGGUCCUAUUCGGACUUGUUCCUGUCCUCACUUCUUUCCGUUGUUCAUCCUGGCCUGCGAGGCGGGGACGGAUGAAAGGAGAACAGCUAUACUUGAGUUAAUUGCGAGGACGGAGGAUAUCCCUGGCGUGAGGAGUAAGAUGUGGCUGAGAAAGAUGAUUCAGUCGAUUUGGGUGCAUCAGGAUCUUCAUGCGGAUGGCGAGUUGCUGGUUAAUUAUGUAGGGGCUAUGAAUUCUGUGAUAAGCAUGAAUGAUGCGGUUCCUUCUUUUGUCUAG